AUGAAGAGAAGUCUGGGUCUCUCUGAGUAUCUUUGGGCCUGGACCCUCCUUCUGGGCACAUUGACUGGAAGAAGCUAUGGACAGCCCUCAUUGCAAGAUGAACUUAAAGAUAAUACAACUGUCUUCACCAGGAUUUUAGACAGACUCCUGGAUGGUUACGACAAUCGCCUAAGACCCGGACUGGGAGAGCGUGUAACUGAGGUGAAGACUGACAUCUUCGUCACAAGUUUUGGACCCGUUUCAGACCAUGAUAUGGAAUACACAAUUGAUGUAUUUUUCCGUCAAAGCUGGAAGGAUGAAAGGUUGAAAUUUAAAGGACCCAUGACAGUUCUCCGGUUAAAUAACCUAAUGGCAAGUAAAAUUUGGACCCCAGACACCUUUUUUCACAAUGGAAAGAAGUCAGUGGCCCAUAACAUGACCAUGCCCAACAAACUGUUGAGAAUCACAGAAGACGGCACCUUGCUGUACACCAUGAGGCUGACUGUGAGAGCAGAAUGUCCAAUGCAUUUGGAGGACUUUCCUAUGGAUGCUCAUGCCUGCCCACUAAAAUUUGGAAGCUAUGCUUAUACAAGAGCAGAAGUUGUUUAUGAGUGGACCAGAGAGCCAGCACGCUCAGUGGUUGUGGCAGAAGAUGGAUCACGCCUAAACCAGUAUGAUCUUCUUGGACAAACAGUAGACUCUGGAAUUGUACAGUCCAGUACAGGAGAAUAUGUUGUUAUGACCACUCAUUUCCACUUGAAGAGAAAGAUUGGCUAUUUUGUUAUUCAAACAUACCUGCCAUGCAUAAUGACAGUUAUUCUCUCCCAAGUCUCUUUCUGGCUUAACAGAGAGUCUGUACCAGCAAGAACUGUCUUUGGAGUAACAACUGUGCUCACAAUGACAACUUUGAGUAUCAGUGCCAGAAAUUCCCUCCCUAAGGUGGCUUAUGCAACAGCUAUGGAUUGGUUUAUUGCAGUAUGCUAUGCCUUUGUAUUCUCAGCUCUGAUUGAGUUUGCCACAGUAAACUAUUUCACCAAGAGAGGUUAUGCAUGGGAUGGCAAAAGCGUGGUUCCGGAGAAGCCAAAGAAAGUGAAGGAUCCUCUCAUUAAGAAAAACAACACUUAUGCUCCGACAGCAACCAGCUACACCCCUAAUUUGGCCAGGGGUGACCCCGGCUUAGCCACCAUUGCUAAAAGUGCAACCAUAGAACCAAAAGAAGUCAAGCCCGAAACAAAACCACCAGAACCCAAGAAAACCUUUAACAGUGUCAGCAAAAUUGAUCGACUGUCAAGGAUAGCCUUCCCAUUGCUAUUUGGAAUCUUUAACUUAGUCUAUUGGGCUACAUAUUUAAACAGAGAGCCUCAGCUAAAAGCCCCCACACCACACCAAUAG